AUGGAAUUUUAUUUUAUACUGCUGAUCAUUAUGCUGAAUUCAGCCUGGUCCAUUCAAGUUGUUUCGAAAGCAAAGACCACCAAAGCUCCCUUAAAGGAGGUAUUACCCACAAAUCCUAAUGUUACGCAAAUCGCCAAUGUCACAGUCGCUCCGGAAAAACUGGCGGAAGUGCACAUCGAUCAACAUAAGACAAUACGCAUUAGUAAGGGCGACUUGGAUGAUCUCCUGGAUGUUUACAUGGAAAGAAUAGCUGAGAGUGCCGCCACGAUCAAGGACAAGGAAAACGAGAUUAACAAACUGCAAACAAAGGACCAAACGGACGAUGAGUUGCUGCGCAAAUUUGAAAAUCUCACACAGGCUUGCAGUGCCCAGAACUCAUCAUUUACGGCUGCCCUUAAAGAUAAAGAUGAAAAGAUCAGGGAGCUGGAACAAAAAGUGAAGAUAUACGAGACGAGGUUGAAGAGAAAACAGCAUGUACUGACUGAACUGAGAAAACUGAAUACCUCGAGUGCUCUGCUAAUCGAUCAUCUUAAGGGCAAGGUUGUAUAUUUCGAGGGGAAGUUCCGGGAGAAGAAGGACGACUUGCUGGCGGAUUGGGAGGCGGCCACCACGACUUGUAUGCCCUAUGGUCGUUAUCCGGGCAUUCACCUGAUCCACCUGCCCGGAUUCCUGCCCUUCCUGGUUGCCUGCGAGGGCCAAACGGCCGCCGGACCCGGCUGGUUGUCCAUUCAACGCCGUGUGGAUGGAUCCGUGAACUUCUACCGGAAUUGGGAUGCGUAUAGUAAAGGAUUUGGCAAGCUGAACGGCGAGUUCUGGAUCGGAUUGGAGAAACUAUACCGCCUGGUCACAUCACAGCCACACGAACUGUAUAUCAGCAUCAGGAGAUUCGGCGGCGAGACGAGCUAUGCCCACUACGACGACUUCCUUAUCGGCAGUGCGGAGGAGGGCUACGAACUGAAGCUGCUGGGUCACUAUCAGGGCAACGCCAGCGAUGCGUUGCGCACCCACGACAAGAUGAAGUUCUCGACCUUCGACCGGGACAACGAUGCCUUCACCCACAUGAACUGUGCGCAACAUCAUCAGGGAGCCUGGUGGUACGACUUCUGUUCCCGCAGCAAUUUGAAUGGCAAAUACUUCAAGGGCGAGGUGGACAAUGCCCAGAGCAUCUACUGGGAACCGUGGUACAGCUUUCGAUCCCUGAAGUCCGUGCAGAUGCUCAUCCGUCCCAAGAGCCAAAUGGAGCUGAAGGACCUGCUCAAGGCAAAGCGAACGCCCAGGAACCCAAGUUAA